GUUCGGAUAGCUCAGGUACGAUCUCGGACGUCACUGUCGACCUGUGUCGCACAACCAGGCCUGGAGCUCCACGAACCUUUUCUCAACUCUUUUCUUAGGCAUCGGCUGGGGACGAAUCUUUCAUCAUAAGCGGUUGUACUCAUACAUGUCUCACAAUACUUUUUCGUCAUAUAAUAUCCCAGUCUCGCUCAGAUACAGUACACUCCAGAGACACCAAAAGUUCUCGAAACAUCUCUACAACCUUUACAAAACACAAUGUCGAUCAGAUCACCGCUCCGAAUAAUACCAACCCGCCUGCACGGGACCAUAACAACAACAGCGGCAACACGGACCGCCACCCGCCACACCCGACGAAACUUCUUCUCCUCGCCACCUCCACAGACUCUCACAGCCGAACGAACCCUGCCAUACCCAGCAGCUCGCGUGUACGACCUAAUAGCCGACGUGGACAGCUACACACAGUUCCUACCAUACUGCAAAGUGGCCCGCGUGACAGCCUGGACAGACCCACGGCCAUACCCGAAUAGUAGUAGCAGCACCACCGACAAAAAUAACGACGGCACAGCAACAGCAACAGCAACAGCAAACACAACAACAGCCUCAGGUUCGCUAGACCCGACCCUCGCGGCCCAGCAUCGCCGCUGGCCCACCCGCGCCGACCUGACCGCCGGCUGGGGAGGCUUCGAGGAGACCUACACGAGCCGUCUUUUCUGCAUCCCAGGGCGAUACGUCGAGGCCAUCAGCGGGGACGCCCGGACCGAGAUCCCCGCCUCGCUGCUGCGCGAGCACGGGCUCGUCGACCCGGGCCCGCUGCCUGACUCCAGGAACAACAGCUCGUCCUCCGCACAGAACAGCAGCAACGCAGGGGUCUUCAAGAGCCUCGUCACCCGCUGGACCGUGACGCCGGACGAGGCCCGCACCAAGAGGGACAUGUACCAGCACGAGUGGACCAACGUGCGGCUCGACAUCAGGUUCGCGUUUGCCAACCCGCUCUACGCAGCCGUCAGCUCGGCCGUGGCAGACAAGGUUGCGCCCAUUAUGAUUGAUGCUUUCGACAAGAGGGCUAGGGCUAUACUGGGCCAUCCGAGUCGCAAGUAGUGUGGAAGCAGACGCCUCGUGUAUUCUGCUGUACUGCAUAUGUAAUACUCGCAUUGAAGUCACGGUUGAAUUAGAGCA